AUGCCAUGGCAACCUGCUCCUGGCUGCCCUCUUGAGCCUGCUCCCCUAUUGAUCAGGGACAGCUGGAACCCCUCAUUCUGCCAACCUCCCCUGUCAACCUUGGUCAACUGUAUUGAGCAGUACCUCACAGAACAAGCCAAAGUUAGCCAAGAGAUUUGCACCAAUGUUGAGAACAUCUUGCAAGCUGUUGAUACUGUCAAGGAUGGGCUUGCCCAGCUCCAGCUCACCCAGGGUCCCCAUACACCCAAAGAGCAAAAACCUCCUGUGGUCAAGGAAACACCAAGAGCUGCACCCAAAGCCAAGCCUAUUGGCAAGGCUGUCCCAUUCCUUGGAGGCCCUGCCCCCAUCAUCUCUACAGGGGCCCCUUGGCACAACCCCCUCACCCUCUUCAAUCCAUAUCCCUCCUCUUCCUUCCGUUUAGGACCGGCUCCAGCAGCCCCCCAAGGACCUCCACCUGCACCCAUCACCACCUUAGUGCAGCCUCAAGCCCCCUCUACCAUAAAGGUAGACCAUCCAGAAGCCUUCAAGGGCAAGAUUGGCUUGAAGGCCAAACAAUGGCUGACAUGUAUGUUAGCCUGGGUAUGCCUAAACCAAAGGCAGUUGCCAAUGGACCUGGAGGUCCUAAGCUUCCUUCUCAUGAAUAUGAUGAAGGCUGGUGGGGCUUGGGCCCAUCCCCACCUGGACCAACUAGGGUCCCAUUGA